AUGCACCGCGCUGCCUCCAACCAGCGCUCGGUCUCCUCCUCCUCGGGCUCCUUCCAGCCGCCGCCGCCGCCGCCGCCGCUGCCGCACGCCGCCGACCGGCAGCCCCUCUUCCCGGGGGGCUCCAGCAGCGGCGGCAGCCGGCGGGGCUCGGGGUCGAGCUCGGGCUCGGCGCGGCCCCGCCGCCCCCGCAGCAGCACCGAGGAGGAGGAGGAGGAGGAGGAGGAAGAGGAGGAGGAGGAGGACAGCAUCAGCAUCAGCAAGCCCCUGGUGCCGCCGCCCGCCGCCCCGCUGCCCGCCGCCGCCUCGCCGCUCCCCAGCAGCAGCAGCAGCAGCGGCGGCGGCGGCGGCGGCGGGAGCCCGGGCCGCAGCAUGACGGCGGCGGAGCUGUACGGGGUGGCGGCGGCGGGCGGCGGGGCGGCGGGCGGCGGGGCGGCGGCGGGGGCGCUGCUGGGGCCCGGCGGGGCGGCGGGCGGGCGGCGCUGGGGCUUCCAGGCGCUGUCCCUGGUGCUGCUGCUGGGCCAGGGCGCGCUGCUGGACCUCUACCUGAUCGCCGUCACCGACCUGUACUGGUGCAGCUGGAUCGCCACCGACCUGGUGCUGGCGGCCGGCUGGGGCAUCUUCUUCUGCCGCAACAGUCGGGCGCGCCGCCGGGAGCGGCCCCCGCCGCCCCCCGGGCCGCCCCCGCCGCACCCGCUGCUGCUGCACGGCCCCCCCGGCGGCCGCGGGGCCGGGGGCCGCGGGGCCGGGGGCCCCCCCCGCGGCGGCGACUUCGCCUACGCGCACCUCGCCUGGCUCAUCUACUCCAUCGCCUUCACGCCCAAGGCGGCGCUGAUCCUGGGCACCUCCAUCCUGGAGCUGAUCGAGCUGCGCCUGCCGCUGGGCACCACCGGCUUCCGCAUCACCCUGGCGCUCUCCGCCCCGCUGCUGUACUGCCUGCUGCGGGCCAUCGGCACCGAGGGCUCCGGGCAGCUGCUCCUGCCGCCGCAGCCCCCGCCGCAGCACCGCGCCGCCGCCGCCUUCCUCGCCACCUGCCUCGACCUGCUCGACAGCUUCUCCUUGCUGGAGCUGGUGCUGCAGCCCGGCCGGCCGGCGCCGCUGCCCCCCCCGCUGCGCUACCUCCUCAUCGCCGUCUACUUCCUCUGCCUGGCCUCGCCGGUGCUGUGGCUCUACGAGCUCAGCGCCGCCCGCCCCCCCGGCGCCGCCCGCCUCGCCCUCCACCUCCUGCUGCCCGCCGGGCUGCUGGACGCCCCGCUCCUGGCGCUCCGCUGCCUCCUGCUCCUGCGCUACCAGCAGCCGCUCUCCCUUUUCAUGCUGAAGAACCUUUUCUUCCUGGCCUGCCGCGGUCUGGAGGCCCUGGAGACCUGCUGCCUCCUCCGCCCCGCCGCCGCCCCACCGCCCGCCAAGUACGGCCCCGCCGCUGCCGCCCCCGCCGCCGCCCCGCUGGCCCACGGGCUCUCCGACGCCGACGUGGGCCCCCACGGGUAUGUGAACGCCUUGGCGGUCACCGCGCAGGGCUGAGCCACCGACCCCGGCCGCCGCCCCCGGAGGGGCUCCCGCCGCCCCCGGGCCCGCUCCCCGCAGAGUCUCUCUGCGUUUCUGCUCAGGUUCCCGCCGCCGUGGCCGAGCAGGGGAAGGGGACGCGGGCCCCCCUGUCGGACUCUCGCUCUCCUCCUCCCUUCCCCCCGGACAAAUCCGUCGGCGGACGCUCAGCACAGACCUGACCGCCUGCAGGAGCCGACGGCUGGCCCUUGCCCCUGGAAGACGCACCUGCCUUUCACGACGAGGCUUCUUCUAGUGCUUCUGCCCCUCCGCACGGUUUGGAGGGUCCCACUCUUCCCCUCCCACUCCCCGCCAAGACAUCGUGUUGCUUUGUGACCUUACAGGUUUAGUUUUUUUCCCUUUCCCCCUAAGCAACAGGGACCAGUGGAUUUUGUCCGGUCCUUUAAGAAUUCCUGCCGACCACCACGACGAGAUGCGAGAGGGGUCUGACCAGCAGAGACGUGCCUUCGGGGUGCGGGCAGGACAAAAGGAAGCACGCUUUGGUUUCACUGGGUCUUGCAAAGCUGCCACCUCUGUGUCCCAGCAGCAGAGCUGCAGGGGUCUUUGCGUGCCAGCUGGGGAACCUCUGGGAACAUGCCGGCCAUCUGGUCUUUUCAAGCCUAGGAGCCACUUUCUCCAAGCUGAAAAUGUCUACCUCUGUGCUUCAACCUUUUGCAUCUUAUGUUGACUUCACACGCUAAAGAAACACGCGAAUCCAGCAUGGACAUAAUCCAGGGGCUUAGACCCCAUUUCACUACCACUGAGACAUUUAUUUCUGGUGAGAACAGGGUUUACAGCAGCCUACUGCUUGCUUCAGACAGCAGCACCCACACGCUGGGGCUCUCAUUUCUCUGUGAAUAUGCAUGUUUAUGGGAUCAGUGUUGUUUUUUUUUUUUUUUACGCAGAGCGUAGGGACUCCCUUUACACAGGCCGGGAAGGCUGGAAAGAUUUCCUCUGGCCCCCCUCCAUGUCUGUUUGUGAAAGCAGACACGGGGCUAAGCCUGCAAACCACCCCCUCUCAAACAGCAGAGCAGAGGACGUCAGCGCUGCUCAGGGUGGGCCCCGUGCGCGGCGAGCCCCCCUCUGCAGCACAGAGCUCCUGAGCUUUGAUGAAAGCCCACACACCAGCAUCCUGUCCUCCAUGUGCGUGUGGUUAAGGGUGGGUGGGAAAAAAGUUAAUUGUUAUUAACCUCUCAUAGAAACACAGUUAUCUUUAGUUUUAAGCCCCAUGAAUGUUCAGUGGGGGUUAAGGCCUGCUCUUCCGCCUGGCUACAGCUGCUCCUGAAACCACCCAAAUGGAAGCAGGAGCACAGAGGCCAUGUUUGGAGGAAGGACUUUGCCCCUCCCAGGCUUAUAUUUUGUUAUCUGGGCAAGGCUGCAUUCGUUGGGAAAACGCCAGUUUCCUGGUCCCAAGCCUUUUUUCAAGCUGUCCUGAUGGGAAGGAGAAAUAAAGCACAACCAACUGCUACCCAGAGCCGACAGCAGGACCACAGGCGCAGCCCAGACUUCUGCACGCACAUCCAUUCUCUCCUUCAGGGCUUGGGCUUCAGUGGGACCGAGCCUACAUCCCACCUCCCUUUUCACAGAGUGGGAUCAACUGCCUGCUCCAGAGGACUGCUACAACAAAAUGUUUACAGUCUGGUAACCUCCAGCUCCCACAGACAGACAUAGGGGUGCAUGGGGCUCUUCUCCCCCAGCUCUCGGGUGGCUGAUGAGCUUUGAGGGGCUUAAAAGACCCCUAGAGAAGAUAGAACAGCACUAUUGCCCCGUUCAGAGGUGCAGCUGGGACGGGUGACUUGCUGCUCUCCCCACGCCAAAUGGAGAGUCAGCAAAGGCUAGGCUUAACUUUCCCACCAGUGCUUUAUUUUUAACCUGAGCCCUUAUAUGGGCAAUUGUGUGAAUUUCGGCCAGUGGCCUUUCUCUUCAGUAACUUCUUUUUGUCUGGACAAUCUUGGUGCUGUGAGUGACCGUGAUUGUAAAACUUGGUACUGUGAACUUUUCCUAUGUGAUGUGAGAUGUGUCGAGGGGAUGCUAAGUUCCUGGCCAAAGGAGGUGUAAUUACAGGUAUAUUGUGCUUGUACAGAUAUUUGUUUCCUUGCACCUUCCUUUUUUUCAGCAUUAAACAGAUAGUAAAAGCUCAGAAAGAACUACAGUACUAUUUGAGAGAAUGAGAUGAUACCUGUACCUAGAAAUAGCCACAAUUCAGUAAAAGCUGAAGGAAAAAAAAAAAACCCAACCCAAAAACCCAACACCAAACUACUUUGCCAAAAUCAAGGUGAAGAAAUCAAGCUAAAGCUGUUUACCCCAACUAUGUUUUGCUGCUCCUAUGGCCAAGCUCAUGACAGCACUGAAGCACACAGAACAUCACCCCUAUUACACUGAAGCGUAAGCAUAGUUGAGACACUGUAAGAAUCACAGCAGAAUUAUUAACAAGUCUUACUUCAGUACCCCUUCGCAGCACGUAACCAAGUUGCUGUUUCAACAGUGAGUGCCUUUUUCCAUUUAAGACAUAACUGAGAAAAUGGCAUAUUUGAAAUUUAUCUAGCCAUGGCAUAUUUAAACCAUUAACAUCAAAAUCACAGUUCAAAUUUGUCUGUGGAUGCCUGGGACAGAUGACCCUGCAAAAUAAUGCUUCUGUUGCAUAAAAUUCCUUUGGAGAAAAAGUGGUUCUUUGUAAUGGCUUGGUUUCUAGUAGGCGUGCUGUUUGGAGAACGUAAAGCUCUCAUUGUAGUUGGCUGCACAGAAGCCCCCUUGCAACUAAAAAGGCAGCUCUGCUGCCACUUCUGUUAGUUACUACAGAGAAACAUUUAAAGCUCUUUAAUGCCUUGUCUGCUCCACCUUUUGAAUUCCCUGCUCUUUGGUAGUUGAGCUCUCACUUCCAUUUAAACCCUUCCACUCCAUAAUAGAUCUGUUUGCAAAAGAGAUAGAGGUACCAUUAAAGUGCAAACAAUACCUCACCUGAUGCACCUUGCACACCUACUGCAUAUUCUGCCAACAUUAAAUUACCAGCCCAGGUCAGUAACACUUUGCUAAAUGAAGUUGUGCUAUACUAAGACAUACAUCCCUUGGGAUUCUGUACAAGCCUUCUAACACAACUCAGUUGUUUAGCAUUUUAUUGUUCUGUUUGCUAUCCUGACAAGAGAGAUGACUACUCCCAGGAGGGGAACUGAAGUGAGAGAUAAGGCCAGCGGCUAGCAGACACUUGGCAUCCCCCGGCAUUAAUCAGAACUUGUAUUUUUUAAAAAGCAAGAUUGUUAAAAUAAAAUUAGAAACUUGUGACUGAU